UGUUAUUUACCCGUGCAUAGAGGAAGUGUCUGUUACAGCAUAUAGACUAGUGCGUGUUGAUAACGAUAUCUGAAAGCUAGGGCAACAAAGCACACACGUCCAUUAACAGCAAUAACAUGGAGUUUCCUGAAGUCAUAGAUCUAAAUGUGGGUGGCCGACAUCUGACUACGUCCCUUUCCACACUCCGCAAGUACCCGGAUUCUAUGCUGGCGGCCAUGUUUAGUGGAAGAUUCCCAGUAACCAAGGACAACGAUGGUCGGUUCUUCAUCGAUGUGGAUGGAGAUGUGUUCCUUCACAUCCUUAACUUCCUGAGGUUCAAGACACUUCCGCCGCCAGAAGCUGCACUCGCAGUACAGAACUACGCGGAAUAUUUCGGAUUGAGGGAGUUAUGCAACAGGCAACAAGAAUGGGGGCCAGUGUUUGUGAAAACAUUAAAGGACAAAUGGAAAGGCAAAAUAAAUGGUUACGAAGCUUGUCUUCGACAAGUUCGAGAUGGAUUGCUGACCUGUAACUUUGACAAUGGCUAUUUCUACAUCCUGUUUUCUGAUCUUUCUAAGCAUAUGUUCUCCAGGUGUAACGUCCCAGGUAUAUCUGAUGGGCAUCUUGUUAUCAGCGUUACGUUCUAUUCCUCCAAAACCUUGAGAAGCACUCUCAUUAGAUUCCUCAAUGAUGACCUGAGACGUAUCAAUGUCUUUCCUGAUGGAGACGAAGUCUACAGACCGGAAUCUGCCUGUGAGUGCAGAGUAGCAUUCAGGUUUAUUCUGAGAUGAUGAGGGACGAUGUGGACCUUCCUGAUACAUGCCUACCAUUCCAGAGACUCCAUGUACAUGAACACAGUAACACGAUGUAAAGCUCAGUAUUGUUUCUUAAUGGUGACGACAUGCCGUGAUCAUGUUAAAACAGAAAUGUGAAAACCGUUUCCACUUUCGUAAGAAACAUUCAGCAAUAUUACCAAACCAAACUCAGUCACUCACUGUUGAAUGGAAACAAACCCUGCAGUCGGUUGUGUGAUUCGACAUCAAGUCAAUGAUGCCUAAAUGUGGUUUGACACAGCUAUGAGCAAUCUUCCGGCCAGAUCAGGGCGUUGUAUGCAAAUUAAAGCACUGGCCAUACGCAUCUACCCCAUGAUUAAAGUUUUGUGGAAGAUGUUA